CAAAAUUCAAAAAGAUACUCCGUAGAAGGGCAAAUUCAGCAUUGUGCGGAGUAUAUAUACAGCGAAACAGAGCUGAGAGCUUCAGAAUUCAACUACCAACACGCCUCUGCGCUCUCUCUCUACAAAAUAUCUGUCCUUUUUCAACGCAGUCGUCGAUCUAUGACGACCCAUAGCACUGACGAUGGCUUCGCCGGCGACGUCAGGCGCCCGAAGACCAAGAUUGUCUGCACUCUUGGACCGGCGUCCCGGUCAGUGCCCAUGGUCGAAAAGCUUCUCCGUGCCGGGAUGAACGUCGCGCGCUUCAACUUUUCUCACGGAUCUCACGAGUACCACCAGGAAACCCUCAAUAACCUCCGUCAGGCUAUGGACAAUACCGGUAUUCUGUGCGCCGUUAUGCUUGACACUAAGGGUCCAGAAAUUCGGACUGGGUUUUUGAAAGAUGGAAAGCCUGUCCAAUUGAAACAGGGCCAAGAGAUUACAAUUUCUACUGAUUACAGCAUCAAGGGGGAUGAAAACAUGAUUUGCAUGAGCUAUAAAAAGUUGGCUGAAGAUGUAUAUCCUCAAAGUACAAUACUAUGCGCAGAUGGUACCAUAUCUUUUACUGUCUUGUCGUGUGAUAAAGAGAAAGGUCUUGUGCGAUGCCGCUGUGAAAACUCUGCUGUUAUUGGCGAGAGAAAGAACGUCAAUCUCCCGGGGGUGAUUGUGGACCUGCCAACCUUAACAGAUAAAGACAAGGAUGAUAUCUUAAAGUGGGGGAUACCUAACCAAAUUGACAUGAUUGCUUUGUCUUUUGUUCGCAAGGGCUCAGAUCUUGUAGAAGUCCGUAAGCUGCUGGGUCCACAUGCAAAGAAAAUCAUUCUUAUGUCAAAGGUUGAAAACCAAGAAGGUGUUGCAAACUUUGAUGACAUUCUUGCCAACUCUGAUGCAUUUAUGGUGGCACGUGGUGAUCUGGGAAUGGAGAUACCAAUUGAGAAGAUAUUUUUAGCUCAGAAGGUAAUGAUCUACAAGUGCAACAUCCAGGGGAAGCCUGUAGUGACCGCAACUCAGAUGUUAGAAUCUAUGAUCAAGUCCCCAAGGCCAACCCGUGCUGAAGCAACAGAUGUUGCCAAUGCCGUUCUUGACGGGACGGAUUGUGUGAUGCUCAGUGGGGAAACAGCUGCAGGAGCUUAUCCCGAGCUUGCCGUGAGAACCAUGGCCAAAAUUUGUAUAGAAGCAGAGAACACAAUUGAUUACGGAGACGUGUUCAAACGAGUGAUGGCAAGUGCACCUGUUCCCAUGAGCCCACUAGAGAGCCUUGCGUCUUCUGCCGUCCGAACAGCAAACUCUGCAAAGGCCUCUCUUAUCCUUGUCCUGACCAGGGGAGGAAGUACGGCAAAGAUGGUGGCCAAAUACAGGCCAGGGAUGCCAAUAUUGUCUGUAGUUGUCCCUGAGAUAAAGACAGACUCCUUUGACUGGUCAUGUAGCGAUGAGUACCCUGCAAGGCAUAGUCUUAUUUUCAGGGGUCUGGUCCCUGUCCUGUGUGCAGGAUCUGCCAGGGCGUCUGAUGAAGAGUCAACAGAAGAAGCGCUUGAGUUCUCACUCCAACACGCGAAAGCUAAAGGGUUCUGCAAGGUUGGGGAUGCCGUUGUGGCACUUCACCGUGUCGGGACUGCUUCUAUCAUCAAGAUCGUUACUGUCAAGUGAUUGAUUGAGAAGGGUUUCCACAUGAACUUUAUUUUGUUAUCUAUUAUUUUUUGCUCUUAUUUUUGGAAAAAAAUUCACAAGGGAAAGUUGGCUUUUGCUCCACAACAAACAAUCCUCCAAUUCUAGACACUACGUUACUGUUACCAAUUACUGGAGUAUUAUUUAUUAUUCUGUCCAGCCAAUUUUCCAACCUAGCAAAGCUGGAUUAUUGUUAUAUCCAUUAGCUUCUUUUUGCUGAUUGAACAGUGCAAGAAUAAUGUUGAGGUGAAUGAAGUUGGCUUGUUUACUAUCUCCG